AUGACUACAGAUGAAGACACGGCCGCCGGGCUGAUUGCCUGGCUCAACAGUCUAGACGUCGCGGGCGAUGUUCAGACUAUCAGUGAUCUCAACGAUGGCGACGUGAUAUGGAAGGUCCUACAACGAAUCGACGCGCUGAGCUUCCCAGGCAGGCUCCCGGAAGAGGCCAAUACCGACCAAUGGAUCCCACGAUGGAACAAUCUGAAGCACAUCAACGAUGCUCUCACCAUGUUCCUCGCGGAAGACUGUGGCCAGAGACUCCCUCUGUCGAGCGGCGCCCCUGACCUCAAGGCCAUCGCUCAACAUGCCUCCCUACACGAUACUGUCGCGUUGCUGAAGCUGGUUGUCGUGGCUGCCAUCAACUGCAAUGACCGCAUCGAAUACCUUACGCAGAUGCAAGAUCUCAAUGCCACUACACAGGAAGUGCUCAUGCGCACGGCUCAGGAGGCCAGUGAACUUGAGCCAGAUGACGCGUCAGAACGACCAGCGUACGAAGAGCCACCUCCCUCGUCGAGUCCGCCGCCGAAGACCCCACCCUCGAGGAAUGGACGCGUGCACUCAGACUUCGAGGCUGAAGAGCGGUUGGGAAGGGUACUGGCAGACAACCAAAGGAUAGCGCACGAGAAACGAGACGUGGAGAAGCAGUUAGACGAGGCAUAUGCACGAUAUGAGCGCCUACAGGAGAGCUUGGAUAAGACACAAGACGAGCUGAAGGAGUCUAAUGAUCGACUAUCUGCUGUCCUGGCGGGCAAGGCAGAGGGCACGAAUCGUGAUGCACGAAAUGAGACGGUCAUAGCACAGCUGGAGUCUCGAGUGUCCUCGGCGGACGCGGAGAUUGAAGAGCUGCGGAAGUCGAAUGAGCUGUUGAAGAUCAGAGUCGAGAAGACGCAGAAGCUACAGGACGACUAUGACGAGAUCAAGAUCGAGAGAGAUCAGUUGGCGAGAAAAGCUAACGCUGCCGAUAAGUACAAGCAGAAACUGGAAGCGAGUCACGACCUGGAAAGAGAGAAUCAAAACCUGAGGCAAAGGGUAACGGAGCUACAGAGCCAAGUGCGUGAUUCUGACUCGUCCACAAUGGCAAAGUCAGACUUGCGCCGAGAGAAUGAAGAGCUGCAAAAGCUGCUGUCGAUGAUCGAGCAGGACUAUAACGAAACGUCAGACAUGAAGAAACGACUUGAGUUUGACUACCAGACGCUGGAGGCACGGUACCAGGAUCGCGGAGAAGAUCUGCGCAAGCAUCAACAAACCAUCGAAGAUUUGCAGAGCCGCUUGCAGAAUGGCGACGAGGAAGGCCAAAUGCCCAUCGCUUCCGAUACAGCCAAGGCAUUGGAGGACGACGCCGCCUCAGAAGAGGCCGAAGACACUCCUCCGCCAUCAGAGAAAGCAGACGACUUCGCAGAAAGCGAGGCACGGCUGACUGCAGCUCUUGUCAACGGUGAGUCGGAAAGGACCGACGACGGCAUCACCGAGGACGAGCUGAGAGCCAUUAUGUCGGCCAUGCGCGCCCAGCACCAAGCCGGCACAGCAAGCGAGAAGGAGAAAGCUCAAAAGAAGCUCAUCAUAGCCCUCGAGAAAGGCCGGUCGAAGAACAACGAACUGAAAGACCAUAUCAAGAAGCAAGCAGAGCUGAUCCAGCAGCUCCAGGCUCACGCACCUCCUACGGCGGAGAAAGAAGCGGAGAGGCCGCCAACUCCUCCACCAAAGGACAUCGAGCCGGAGGUCCGGGCACCUUCACCCACUGAAUCUGAAGCAGAACACGAUUUGGACGCAGCUAAGAAAGUGAUCGUCAAUCUGCGGAGAGAACUCGAUCUCAUGACAUCUGCAUGGUACGAACAGAACCGCCGGAUCGCGAGCAGUGGAAUGGUCACAUUGCGGAAUCGGGCGUCACCCGAGCCGAGAAGCUUUCUGGGUCGACAACGGAAGAUGGUCGACGCGGUAGCCCUUGGCGGUAUGGCUAGAUGA